AUGCCUUUCUGCUCGCAGUGCGGUACUCCUCACGACGCUGGUGCCAAGUUCUGCUCCUCGUGCGGCAACAAGCUCGCCGGCGCCGCUGCCCCUGCCCCUUCCCACCACGCGUACUCGGGUGCUGCCACUGUCGCCGCCUCUCGCGUGCCCAUCGGCGACUCCACCGCCAAGCAGCAGGCCGGUGCUUUCCAUGGCCCCUCGUACGGUCUCGACGCCGAGCUGAAGAACAAGAUGGACUCCAAGUACGACACCGGCAUGGACGCCGAGGUUCGGCAGUGGAUGGCCCGCAAGGGAGUGCCCGUUCACGGUGACCUGCACUCGGAGCUCAAGAACGGCGUCAAGCUUUGCGAGCUCGCCAAUGCCCUCCAGCCCCGCUCGGUGCCCAGGAUCCAGAAGGCCGCUGCACCCUUUGUCCAAAUGGAAAAUAUUGCCGCCUUUUUGAGCGCCGCCCAAAGCAUGGGCCUCCGCACCAACGAGCUCUUCCAGACCGUCGAUCUCUUCGAGGCCAAGAACAUGUCGGCUGUGUUGACCACCCUCGCAGCCCUCAAGAGGGUCAGGCCCUGA